CCCAGUGUCGCUUCAAUCCCAGUCAACCUUUCCAUGAAGUCGGGGCCCAGACGAGUGACAGGUGACACAGCAGGGAGCCAACAUGGAGCCGCAGCAGCUCAGCAGACCGACAUGGAGCAGGCAGAUAGAGUUCACGCUGGCCGGCAUCGGCUGUGCAGUGGGUCUGGGCAACGUUUGGAGGUUCCCUUAUCUCUGCUACAGGAGCGGAGGAGGUGCCUUCCUGGUGCCCUACCUGUUGAUGCUGGUGGUGUUGGGGAUCCCUCUGCUGUACAUGGAGCUGACUGUGGGUCAGUACACCAGGAGAGGACCGGUCCAUGCCCUGGCUAUUGUCUGCCCCCUCUUAAAAGGUGUGGGUUUAGCAUCAGUGGCCAUCUCCUUCAUAAUGUGCACCUACUACAACAUCGUCAUCACCUGGGCCCUCUAUUACCUCUUCAGCUCCUUCCAGGCGCCGCUGCCUUGGCAGAACUGCAACAACACCUGGAACACUCCAAACUGUACCAACCACGCCACCAACAGCAGCUACUCCUCCACUGCCAGCCAGGAGUUCUUCAGAUAUAAGAUGCUGGAGCAAACGAGUGGAGUCGAGGAAACAGGACAGAUGCGUUGGGAGCUUUUCCUCAUUCUUAUUCUUGCUUGGAUCCUCAUCUAUCUUUGCAUCUUUAAGGGGGUGAAAUCAACAGGCAAGGUCGUGUACGUCACAGCUCUGUUCCCGUAUCUUAUCCUGGUUGCACUGCUGAUCAAUAAUGCGCAGCUUCCAGGAGCUAGAAAUGGAAUAAUAUUCUUCAUCGUGCCUGAAUGGGAGAAGCUGCUCUCCGUGGAGGUUUGGGUGAAUGCAGCCGCUCAGAUCUUUAACUCCAUCGGGAUUGGAUUCGGCUCCCUCCUGGCCAUGUCCAGCUACAACUCCUUCAACAACAAUGUUCUGAAGGAUACUCUGACCAUUGCCAUCAUCAACUCCCUCACCAGCAUCCUGGCAGGAUUUGUAAUUUUCUCUGCGUUCGGAUACAUGUCUCAUCUGCAGGGCAUCGCUAUCAAAGAUCUGGCUGUGGAUGGUCCAGGAUUGGUUUUUGUUGUUUACCCACAAGCCUUUGCCAACAUGCCGGUGUCUCAGCUGUGGGCGGUGAUGUUCUUCUUCAUGCUGCUGUGCCUGGGACUGGACAGCGAGUUUGCGAUGGUGGAAGUGAUGGUGACCAGUCUCAUGGACGAGUUUUAUCAAAGCCUGAUUCACAUUUUCAAGCGUAAGGAGCUCUUUGUUUUGGCUGUUUGCGGUGCAGCUUGUCUUCUGGGAAUUCCUCUCGUCAUGCAGGUGGGGAUCUAUGUUUUUCAGCUGAUGGACCAUUACACCGCCAUUGUGUCCAUCAUGUUUCUGGCAUUCUUUGAGAUUCUCGCCAUCUGCUGGUUUUAUGGAGCGAAUCGACUCUCCAGUAACCUGAAAGAGAUGACUGGACAAGGAGCCAACAUCUUCUUCAUGGGCUGCUGGCUGAUCGUUGCUCCUGUGCUCAUCACUGUGAUCCUCAUUUUCUCCGUCAUUCAGUUCAAACCGGCGCGCUAUGAGGACUACGUGUUCCCUCCCUGGGCUCAGGGGGUCGGCUGGUUCAUUGCCAUGGCUUCCAUCAUCUGGAUUCCUUUGGGUGCCAUCCACACACUGUGGGUGCUGCCUGGAUCAUUAAUGCAGAAACUGAAGCUGUCCAUCACACCCUACGCGCUGAAUGAAAAGCAAAAGAUGCCGUACUAUGAGCGGGGAGGAAUCACUGCAAACCCCGGUUUAUCCAUCAUCAGCUCCAACAUCAGUGUUCCUGAGAAGCCUCCUGCUGAGACAAACUUCUGAUACCUCAUAACGCUCUCCGAGAGUCAUCUCCAGUUAAAAUAUUUUAUUGUUGUGAACAUGAUUCGUGUCUGACCAACACUGUGACUCACUGUAUGCUCAUCGGAGGCUUUUACUUUGAAAAGUGCACCAUCUUCAGGUUGUGUCUGUUAAUGCAUCUGUUUCAUAACUUUUAGCCCUAUGUUGAAUAAACUCUGAUAUCUUACAACUUC